AUGUCGUCGCUGACCUACGAGGAUUACUACCAGCAGGCCCUCGAGGACCUGGCCUUCAUUUGGAAGGAAGAUGUGAACGUCACCAAAGUGCGCGUCGCGGCUGGAGGGCGACCACGCUACGAGCAGCUACUCCAGUAUUGGGUUUCUCUAUACAUUCAGUACCUGCGCACGGCGAAGCGCCUCGCCACUGUGCACGACGCGCAGCUACAGCCACAAAAACGCUACGAUGUUCGCACGCUGCUCGACACCUGCUUGGGCCGGAUGUUGGAGCUGCGAAACCUCCUCACAGUGAACUGUGGUGAGUUUGUGAAGCUGGAUGAUGCCAUGCUUGACACGAAGAUGAUUCCGGACGAUCUAGAGGUGCCAAUUCCGCGCUACUUUGUUGAGGAUGCUGCGUCGGAGCUGCAGGAACGACGUCGACAGAUCACAGCACUGCAGGCACACUACAAGGAAACGGAGGUGAAUGCACCUGUCUCCAAGGCUCUCACUAAGGGGACCGAGAAGGGUCCCUACUCCCAAGCUAGUGCCGGCAUGACUACCACAAUUAUGACAGUGGAUGACGCGGUGAAGCUUUUGCAGGUGAAUGAGCGUGGACGUCAGGCACGCCAACGGGCCAAGUUUCAGAUGGUAAUCUAUCUGCAGCAGAAACAUGCCUUGGAACAUGCGAAUGAAUAUAGUUACACCGCAGGGAAAGAACGGGCGGCGUUGGUGGUGCAAAAGGCAGUUCAGGCCUAUCUUGCUCGAAAGCAUAUAUUGAACGAACACAAUAAGGAGCUGGAGCUACUCGGUAUGCGCCCCACCGCAGCCACUUUAAGUGACGCGGAGCGUGUAGCUGCUGGGGUUCGUCUAGAAGAGCGCAAAGCUCGUCAGCGCAUGAAUGAGGCGAAUUAUCGACAGAAGGAGGUCGAGUUGGAGGCGCGGCUUAAGGCAGAGGAAGGGCCGCGGACGAUGGAAGAGAUGUUAAACGAAGUUCUCACUCGCAUGGCCUAUGCACGGAUGGAGAGCAAGGACGACACCCCACUCACAUUUCCAACACCCGAAGAAGGUGGCAGUCGCAAGUAUUUGGAGAUUUAUGGCGGCACCGCCGGUGCAGCUACGGGAACGGUCAUCGCUAGUGGAGCUCCUUCUAGGUCUCCUCCUUCCUUUCCCGGGCUGCCUCCUGAUGAAGCGAAUGUGCGUAGCCGCAUGGGUUCUGUGACAGUGCGGUCAUCCUUUGCUGGUACUGCGCUCCCACAAACACCGUCACGAAAGGCGGGCAGCACUAUACGACGCCGGGGAGAGGGAGAGGAAAGUCUUCCGGCGAUGCCACCGAGUAAUUUGUGGAAUAGUAUGAAUGCGGUAGAUGAGCGUUAUCAAACCAUUUGGAGGCCCCACUUUGAGCAGACGUACCUCAAGGAUUUGGACCUCGACCAGGCAGCAGAUGAGAGGCUUCUUCGUCAUCAACUGUUAGAGGGACCACGUGGCAUAUUAGAGAAUGUGCGGUGUGUUGUCGAUGAGCUUAUCAUGAUCGAGGUGGAGAACCUAAAGAAGCGUCUCGAGAUGGAGCGGCGUGGAGGUAAAAAAAAGAAGGGUGGUAAGAAGAAGGGACCAAAAAAGCCGCGGGCACCAAAACUGAAGGAUCCGACAAAAGGGGUAGAUAUCGAGACAUUUAUGAACAGUGCGGUGCACCAGAAUGUCCUCCAGUUACCGGAUCCGGAUAUUCGGCUGGAAAAUUAUUUGGGUUGUGCUACGGUGCAUGGGUCGCCGCUUGAUGUGCUGCUGCGCACGCAGAAGCCUGAUGAGGAGCUUAAAAAGACGUGGCAGCGUAUUCUAAACAACUGGGACGCCAACGUUGAACAGGCGAUGAAGAUGAAGAAGGAUGCCUUUCAGAAGCUUUUUGACAAGUUUCUACAGCAGUCCUCUUGGCUCAGCGAACCUUCCGCAGCGCAGGUGCGCCAGUGCGUAGCGGAGUACGCCAUCCUGCCGCUUGGCUCACAAGUCAUUCAUGACUUGGCGCCAACUUCAAAGACCCUUCUCCUUUACGGGUUUUCUGGUAGUGGCAAGACGCAUUUGGUGCAUGCUGUCUGCAACCAUAGCGGAGCCAACCUUUUUGACCUCUCGCCGGCCAAUUUUGAAACGAAUACGAAUCUGGUAGGCAUUAUUCAGAUGGUGUUUCACCUUGCCAGAGUGUUGGCCCCGUCUGUUAUUUACAUUGACAAGGUUGAAAAAUUGUUUUUGCGCAAGAAGAAGAAAAAGGGGCCGAAGGAUCCCCUCAUGGCACGAGGAAAGAAAAUGAAAAAAGAGAUACUCAAGGGCAUUGCCGCUCUUGCGCCUACCGAUCGUGUACUGGUCAUUGGCUCCUCAUCUGCGCCGUGGGAUGCGGAGUUCAACGCGAUGGUGAACAACUUUGCGCAUAUGAUUCACUGCGUCACUCCAGACUACGCCUCACGUCUCAUUCUGCUAAAGAAGUGGGUUGCACAGCGUACAACAGAUGCCAAUGCAUUAAAGCCAGAAGGUUACCACGAGUUGGCCCUUCUUACAGAUGGACUUUCUGCUGGGGAGAUUCAACGCAUUGUGUGUGAAGUGCUGCACACCCGGCGUCUUCGACGUCUUGCACAGAGACCACUCACGGCGUCGGACUUUUUAUCCGCCGUCGCCCACGCCAAACCACCUAGUGGGGAAGAGCAAGCGCUAAUGAAGGAGUUUUCACUGCGUUUACCACUCCGUCUGCGCCGCAUAAACCCCUCUACGGACCUACCAGCGCCCGAAAAGAAGGAAGGCGGAACCAAAAAGAAAAAGAAGGAAGUGAAGGAAUGA